AUGAACGUCGCCUCUUCCUCCUGUCUUGGUAGCACCUCGCUUAGGCACGGCGGCGUCGCUUGCCAUGCGCUGAACAAGCUUGGGGGCGAGGUCUGUGCAGGCACCAAGCUUCUCGAGAGGCCCAAUGACGUGCUGGAGUUCAGGGCGCUCGGGCCACGUCUUGUUCGUGUCGAUUGA